GCGUGGCCGGACUGAGUUGGCGGUGCAGCAGCUUCCGGCUUCCCUCUGCGGGGCGCGUGGAGACGGGGCGAUGCGGCCGCUGACGGAGGAGGAGACCCGCGCGCUCUUCGAGAAGCUCGCCCGAUACGUGGGCGAGAACCUGCAGCUGCUGGUGGACCGACCCGAUGGCGCCUAUUGCUUCCGCCUGCACAAGGACCGCGUCUAUUAUCUCAGUGAGAAGAUCCUGAAGCUUGCCACCAGCAUCCCCCGGGAAAACCUGGUGGCCCUGGGCACCUGUUUUGGCAAGUUCACUAAGACCCAGAAGUUCCGGCUGCACGUCACGGCCCUGGAUUACCUUGCCCCCUAUGCCAAGUACAAAGUGUGGGUAAAGCCUGGCGCAGAGCAGUCCUUCCUUUAUGGGAACCACAUACUGAAAUCUGGCUUGGGGCGGAUUACCGAGAGCACAGCCCAGUACCAGGGAGUGGUGGUGUACUCCAUGGCUGAUGUGCCCCUGGUGAGUGAUGAUGGGUGGGUAAUUCUUUGUAUUUGGGUGGAUGAGGAGUGUCUUACUGUCUGCCUUGCUUUGACUUUCCAAGGGCUUUGGAGUAGCAGCGAAGUCCACACAGGAGUGCCGGAAGGUAGACCCCAUGGCCAUUGUUGUCUUUCAUCAAGCUGACAUCGGGGAGUACAUCCGCCAUGAGGAGACACUGACUUAGACGAAGGGGCAGGAGGCCUCAAGGACUUUUUGUCUGGGGUGGGAAUCAGACUGACUGGCAUUGCCAACCAAUCCCUCCCUUUUCCCCUGAAUAUCUUGACUGGCCUGUUUGCAGUAUUGGACAGGGAGAAACUGGUUGCAAAUAUUGUCUGCUUGGUAUAAUGAGAACUGUGCCUGCCUGGAGGUGAGAAAGUUGCUGUUGGUCUAACUUCUGUGAAGUAAAACUCUGUUUUAUA